AUGCUUGACUUUCUCUCCCCACGCAAGCUGUUGACUCAGCUCGUCCUGGGCGCUGGCCUAGUUGCGGCUCAGCUCCAGACUAUCAACAACUUCGGGCCAACCUAUGACACCCGUCUGACCAUGCAGGCCUACAUCCCGAGCAACCUCCCUGCUAACCCAGCAGUGGUUGUCGCCUUGCACCCUUGUGGUGGAAACGGACAGGGUUAUUUCCAGCAGACCAACAGAUACAGAACCCUUGCCGACCAGCGUGGAGUCAUUCUCAUCUACCCUUCUUCGCCAAAGGACUCUAACUGCUGGGACGUCGCCAGCACCAAGACUCUCAAGCAUGGUGGCCAGGGUGACAGCCAGGUCCUCGUCAGCAUGGUUGACUAUGUCAUCAACACCUACAAGGCCGACCGCAACAGAGUCUUCGUCACUGGUUCCAGCUCCGGCUGCAUGAUGACCAACGUACUCAUUGCAACAUACCCCGACCGUUUUGCUGCUGCCACCUGCUACUCGGGCGUUGCCGCCGGAUGUAUGGCCGGAUCGCCAGGAUCCAGCCCUAUCAGCUCUGACCGUAAAUGCUCUGACGGAAAGAUCGUCAAGUCAGGACAGGAAUGGGCCAACCAGGUCAAGGCUAUGUACCCUGGCUACAGUGGCUCUUACCCUCGCUUCAAGACCUGGCACGGUACUUCUGACUUCCUGGUCACCAUUCAGAAUCUCCAGGAACAGAUCAAGGAGUGGUCUACUCUUAAUGGUGUUUCUCUUACCAGCAGCCAGCAGAACACUCCCCAGCCCAACUACACUACUAUGAUCUACGGAGACGGAACCAAGUUUGUUGCCGUAUCUGCUGCUGGAGUCGGACAUACCGUGCCUGUUCAACCGGAUGAUGACUUCAAGUGGUUCCGUCUUAUCUAA